CUCGGUCGGGAGGGCGGGGCGCUGGGUGACUCCGCCGGGCCCGCCCCCAGGCAAGCCCCUCCCCUCCGUCCCGGCUUGCCUGGCGCCCUUGCGCGGCGCUGCGGCGGCCCGGAGCGGAGAGGGCGGGGCCACCUUCCGGGGAGGCGAGGGCGCGCACGCACGGGAGCCGUCGGCCCGCGCCUCCAGGGAGCGCGCGGGCCGCCGGGCUUGAGUGGGCCGAGGAAAGGCGGGAUCCGCCGGCGAUUGGUCGCCGGCCGGGGCGGGACGUGCGCGCCGCCGGCCGCCCAUUGGCUGUGGUGCGCGGAGCCCGACGGGAGCUCGUUCGAAUCUCCCAGACGUUGCGGGGCGGCGAGGGGAGAGGGCGACGCUGCUGCUGCUGCUGCUGCUCUCUGUCCGUGUGCAGAGUGCUCCGUUGAGCGCGCCCGUGCAGGAUGCGACAGUGACGGCCGAGCGAUGGACAACGCGGCUUCCCGGCUGCCCCUCGCCGCGGCCCCCGGCGACUCCCGGCUGCCCCGGCCCGGGCCGCGGGGCAAGCGCGCGGCCGCGGACGAGAACGCGCCCCCGGCGGAGCCCCAGAAGCGGGCGCGAGCCGGCCCGGCCCCCGGCGCGAAGAGCGCGGCGUCCUUGGCGGCGGGCGGUCCCCGGCCCCGAGCGGCCCCCGCGGCGCCCCGCGGCCUCCUCCGCGUCUCCGGACGGCGUCGAUCCUCGGCCCGGGCAACCAUAGCUGCCCCCGGAGCUGCUUCCCUAGGGCUGAUCCAUCGGCCACCUCCUGCGGCACCUCUCAAACCAGCUCCUCCUGCUGCCACUGCAGGCGGAAGGGAGAAGAAGCGAGCCCCCUGGGACCUGAAGGGACAGGUCAGCGACCUCCACGCCAAGGUGGGCGCCUACAAGGAGAGGCUCCAGGGGCUGGUGGGGGAGAAUGAGACCCUGAAGAGCCAGCUGGGAGGGCUGCAGCGGGAGCUGAAGGAGGCAGCUGCUCAGAACAGGGAGCUGAGUGGCCAGGCCAGUCUGCUGGCUUCAGAACUGCGGGUCUGCAGAGACCAGGCUGAGAAGAGCACCCAGAAGGUGUCAGAGCUCCUGGAGAAGGAGCAGCAGCAGGAAGAAACGCUCCAGAACCAAGCCCGGAGGAUUGGCGAGCUGGAGGCACUCAGCCGGGAGGUCGCAGAGGGCAACCGGGAGCUGGCUGUCCGGCUGAGGGCCAGAGAGGAAGAGCUGCUUCUGGCAGAGCAGAGCCUGGCCGGGCAGGGGUGGCAGAACGCGGCCCUGAAGGCGCAGGCGGCCGAGUUGGAACAGAGGCUGCACGAAUCAGAGAUGGAGCGCCGCUUUCUGCACAACGCUGUGCAGGAACUGAAGGGGAAUAUCCGCGUCUUCUGCCGGGUGCGCCCCUUACUGGCCUGCGAGAGGCAGGCCCAGAAGGCGAUUGGCCACCUGCACUUCCCAGCCGACAACAACAAGGGCCUUGUGCUCUCCAAAGCAGAAGAGUCCCACGUUGGCCGUGAGCGCAAGGAGGACAUCACGUACGAGUUCAAUUUUGACCGGGUGUUUCCGCCGUCCAGCUCUCAGGAGAGCGUCUUUGAGGAAAUUUCCCUGCUUGUUCAGUCGGCCGUGGAUGGGUAUCACGUCUGCAUUUUUGCCUACGGGCAGACGGGCAGCGGCAAGACGUACACGAUGGAGGGCCCAGAUGAUAUGGGCCCUGAAACAGCAGGCAUGAUUCCUCGGGCCGUGCAACAGAUCUUUGCUACUUCCCGCAGGAUGGAGGCGAAGGGAUGGAAGUACCAAUUCACAGCCAACUUUCUGGAGAUCUACAAUGAGUCGCUGCGGGACCUCUUGGCACCGCGGCCAGAGCAGAAUGGCGAGCUGGAGAUCCGGAGAGUUAGCCAGUUCACGGACGAGCUCCACGUCCCCAAUCUCUCCUAUGUCCCAGUCUCUUCAGAGCAGGAGGUCCUGAAGCUGCUGCUGACAGCCAAAGGGCACCGCUCAGUGGCCAAGACCAACCUCAACGAGCGCUCCUCCCGCAGCCACAGUCUCUUCCAGCUCCGCAUUGAGGGCAGGAACACCAAGCAGGAGCUGCACACCACCUCUGUGCUGAGCUUGGUGGACUUGGCAGGCAGUGAGCGCCUGGACAAGUCUCUCUCCACGGGGGAGCGGCUGAAGGAGACCCAGGCCAUCAACACCAGCCUUUCCAACCUGGGCCUGGUCAUCACGGCCCUCAGCAACAAGGAGGCCCACAUCCCUUACCGCAACAGCAAGCUGACUUACCUCCUCCAGAACUCGCUGGGUGGCAGCUCCAAAAUGCUCAUGUUUGUGAACAUCUCCCCGCUGGAAGGGAACUUUGCAGAGUCCCUGAACUCUCUUCGCUUUGCUAGAAAAGUCAACGAGUGUGUCAUCGGCACGGCCUCCAGCAACCGGAAGUGAGGGCAGACCCACAUUCCUUGGCACUUGGGUUUCUGUUUUUUAAAUCUUUUUAACGCUUUUGGAUUAGUGUGUGUAUUAAACUUUAUGAAUAAAAACAGG